AUUCACAUUUUUUGCUCACAUAAACAAAUUUUAUGAAUGAUUGUUGGAAGCAUUGGACAAUUUAAUGAAACAAUAAUAUUAUAAAAAUUCACGUACAUUGGAUGGAGGUAGAGAAAUACACGAGUUCUAUCAAAUAAGAACUUUUACAUUGAACGUACAUUGAUAUUGGGAGUGCAUUAACAUUGGAAGAACAUUGAAAUUAAAAGAACAAUGAAAUUAGAAGAACAUUAAAAUUGGAAGAACAUUGACAUUUGAAGUACACUGCAUUUGGUAGUACAUGUGCAUUAUAAAGAGGAGAACAUUGAAAUUGGAAGAACGUAUAAAUUAGAAGAACAUUCACAUUGGAAGAACAUUAACAUGGGAAGUAUAUUUACAUUGAAAGAACAUUAACAUUCAAAAAUUGAAAGUAGACAGAAUCUGAAUUAUAGGUUCAUGAAUAUUGUAUAGAAUAUAAGGUCAGAUUUCAACCAUGACAACCAACACGAUCAUAUUCACAACAACGAGGUCUAUUUUAACUAGUCUUGAUGACGUUUUCAGAGAAACAACAAUGCAAAAAAGUACGACGGAUAAUAUAGUUCCUAUAGUAACGUCUGACGGUACUACGGCUCCGCAGCAAAAUUCUACUGAUGUGAUUCGGACAUCAAACCUUGACGAGGAGAACAUUAAUCGUCUGCUAAAGAUAGAAAACGCAUUCGAAGCUGAAGCGCUAACGCCGAUAACCGUUUAUCUAAUCCUUCUUAUGAUAACGGGUGUUAUUGGAAAUACUAUUGUCUUGUAUAUCUACAAAUUCAGGUUCAAAAGGUCAACACCGAGAAUAUUCAUUCUGAGUCUCGCUGCGUUUGAUUUGAUCACGUGUAUUUUAGGGAUGCCAUACCAUAUCUUAGACAUGCUUUAUCCUUAUCUGUUUGUAUGGGACACCGCUUGCAAAGUUCUAAGUUUUGCUCUUACAUUUACGAUUUUGGCAUCUAUAUUUAUACUAGAUCUCAUCGCAAUUGAUCGAUACAGGAAAAUUUGUAGACCGUUUAAAAAGCAGCUUUCUGGUAUAGGAUCAAAGAUUAUGAGUUGGGUGACUGUUCUUAUAGCAAUAAUCUCUGCCAUUCCAAUGCUUCUAAUCUAUGGCACCGCUGAAGUCCCAACCGCUAGGAAUCCAAAUAUAACAGGAAAGGCAUGCUAUGUCUCAGAUGAUUAUAUCGAAUCAUACUUCCCAUUAAUCUACGAUGCUUUCACUUUCUUGAUUUUUAUCGUAUCCGUCUUUAUACUAGUCGGAUUUUAUAGCAAAGUCGGUGUUACAAUUUGGAAACGUAGGAAAUUUAACGAGUCGAAUGAAUCAAAAAGAUCCGGUUCCGGUCAAAGCACGCCAAAAACAUCGAUCAUACAACUGAACGUCAUUACAGAUGAAGCUAAAGAAAGUGGUAAUGUUCAAAUAUUUGAUUCAAAUUCUUUGGUCACGGCACCAAAAGAUUCACCUUUACCAUACAGAUCGACAACGUCUGAUCCAAAGAAAGAAAGGAAGAACCGUAAAGGACUGCGGUUGAUGCCUAAACCUUCAAGUACUGCUCACGAUUCUUCUACAAUUGAUCACAGGUCUACACGGUCCAAUAAAUCUUCGCACAGACUUCAUGUGACAAAGAAAGAGAAGAGAAUACUGAGAAUAACAGGCAUGUUGUUUGUUAUAACAUUGAUUUUUAUUAUAAGUUUUCUCCCUUAUCUGUGUAUAGAAAUUGUGAACGGUCUGAAUGAUGAAUUUUGGGAUGAAAAGAGCAUCUCGGAAAUUAUCUUUUUCAAUCUUCUUAUGAGGACAUACUUUAUCAACAGUAUGAUAAAUCCUAUAAUCUACUGGUUCCUGGAUCACAAAUUUAAAGAGGAGGUUAUCAGACUAUUUAAUGACAUGAAAAGUUGUAAAGCAUCUACUCGAUUCGGACAAAAAAGCUUACAUUUGUAA